AUGGCUUCCUCAUAUGUUCUACCGGCUUCGGUGCUCCACCAACACCAUCAUCAUGGCCCGGACGGCGGAGGCUCCCACUCGCACUCCCAUUCACACUCCCACUCGCACUCUCACACAUCAUCCCUGACCUCUCUAAGUCCGUCACGGAGCCGUAAAGACUCCCGGGCGAAAGGGGCGCAAUCCCAUACCCGGAGCCAUCACCACCAUGACAGCAACCACACGCCGUUCCGAGCGAACUCGAACGUCCCCAUGCCGAUCAACGUCCCCCCACCAUCAGGGCCGAACGGGCAUUGGAGGAUGGAGUCAACACCCGGUGGCAAGUCGUUGCUGUCGCCCACAGACGCCAGCUUCGACGCGGCCGGUGUCUACGAACCGCCUGCUGCCGCACGGUCGAGGUCCCAUUCACAUUCAGAUUCGCACUCGCACCACCACCACCACGACCAUUCGGGGCCGCGGUCAAAAUUUACGGGGCUCUUACUACAGUGCACACCGAGUUGGCCGUUGUUGCAUGCGGUGGUAUCCAAUAAGGACUCGCGGAGGAUAUUCUACUUUAUGAGCUUGAAUUUUGCGUUUAUGAUGGUACAGGCGUUUUACGGUUAUGUGACGGACUCACUCGGCCUUCUGAGUGACAGUGUACACAUGUUUUUUGACUGCGUGGCUCUUGGGGUCGGGUUAUUUGCAGCCGUUGCCAGCAAGUGGCCUCCGAGUGAGAGGUUUCCGUAUGGGUUCGGGAAGAUUGAGACCCUGAGUGGUUUUGGGAACGGGGUGUUUUUGAUACUCAUCAGUGUGGAGAUCAUGACGGAGGCGUGCGAGCGGAUAUAUGAGGGCAGGGAGACCAAGAGGCUGGGAGAGCUGUUUGUGGUCAGCACGCUAGGACUGUUGGUAAACUUGGUGGGCAUGAUGGCAUUUGGCCACCACCACCACGGGCAUAGUCAUGACGACCAUGGUCACUCCCAUGGUGGGUGCAACGGCCACGCUCAUGGUGGCCACGAGCAUUCCCACGAUCACGACCACGACCACGACCACGACCACGACCAUUCGCACGACGAGAAGCACGGGCAUUCCCACGGCGGGCACUCACACUCGCACUCGCACGACAACGAAAACAUGUACGGCAUCUACCUGCACGUGCUCGCCGACACGCUGGGCAGCGCGGCCGUCAUCGCCUCGACCGUGCUCACCCACUUCUGGAAGUGGUCCGGGUGGGACCCGCUCGCGUCCUUCCUCAUCGCCGUGCUCAUCCUGCUCUCGGCCCUACCCCUCGUGAAAUCGUCCGCGCGGCGGCUGCUGCUCACCGUGCCGCCCGAGCUCGAGUACAGCCUGCGCGACACGCUGUCCGGCAUCACGGGCCUGCGCGGCGUCGCCGGCUACGCGGCGCCCAAGUUCUGGCUCGACGACCGCACCGCCGGCGAGAGGCCGCCCGCCAACAAGCUGCUGGGCGUGAUGCAUGUCGUCGCGGCGCGGGGCGCGGACGUGGACGAUGUGCGGGAUCGCGUGCGCAGUUAUCUGCUCCAGCACGGCAUCGAUGCCACCCUGCAGGUGGAGCGCGAGGGCGAUUCCAGCUGUUGGUGUGGUGUCGGCCGCAGCCCGCUGUCGCAGGGGCAUCGGCCGGCGCACAGUACUAGUAUUUUUUGA